AAAAUAAGCUAAACAGCGUCAUCACCGUUUGCCAGACAAGUUCAAACGAUGUGAGGUUGCCGUAAGCGUUUUUGCAAAAAUAAAAAAAGAAAAAAACGAUACCAUACACCGGAACAAAAAAGCGGUAACAGUAACUCAAUUUUAAAAACAACAACAAAAAAGAAGAACAAAAAAAGGAUAACAUUGGCUCAAAAGUAGACGAAAGUAGAGGAAAACAAAACAGUAACAAAGCGAAGCAGGAAAAAGGAAAACAAAACCAACAACACACAAACAAGGGUUCAGUCUUCUAUGAAUUGUGACACGUCGGUACAGCGCACCGUAGCACGAAGGCCGCACGGAAAAUGUCCACUCUGAAGGAACGCAACAAAAUGUGCCAUUCUAAUUUAAUAUUCAUUGUGCUCUUCAUUUGUACUGAUUAUGUAACGGGCGAUAUCAGUACAUCCUUAGCCUUAAGUAAGUUGAACUCUGGUGCAACAUUUUUCGCUGGACCAUACCUAGACGGGAGCGGCGUUAGCAAUGUAACUACACAAAUCGGAACACAUGCAUAUCUGCCGUGCAAGGUGAAACAGCUAGGGAACAAAUCUGUUUCGUGGGUACGAGUGAGAGAUGAUCAUAUUCUCACAGUGGACAGAAUGACAUUUAUAGCCGACGAGCGCUUUCAAUCAUUCUACGUGGAGAGCAGCGGCGUAUGGACGCUGCAGAUCAAAUACGUGCAGGCCCGUGACGCUGGCAUUUACGAGUGUCAGGUGUCGACGGAACCGAAAAUCAGCGCCCGAGUACAUCUGCAUGUCGUUGUGCCAAGAACCGAGCUUAUAGGUGACUCUGAUCGCUACGUCAAGGCCGGCAGUGCCGUCAUACUGCGAUGUGUGGUCCGGGGUGCCCUCGAGCCACCUUCCUACAUCAUCUGGUACCAUGGUACGCAGCAGAUCUUCACCGAAAGCCGGCGUGGCUGGAAGACACAGCUGGAUCGUGGUGCACCCGAUCUGGACGGAGAUAUACACAGUACGAUUGGUUCGCUGAUAAUAGAAUCGACGAGAAAGAAGGACUCCGGAAAUUACUCCUGCAGCCCAUCCAACAGUCCACCGAUCACUGUCUCACUGCACGUUAUCAACGGAGAAUCGUCUGCAUCCGCUGUCACGUCAUCGGCAAGAUCGCUGUUUGAUGACAGCAUAUCGAUGUUCAAGCAGCGCAAUCUACAGAUUCUACUCCGGCAUAGGUCAUUUGUUAUGCUACUUGUAUUGGUUAUCUAUGCUCAGCUAAGCUGUCAUGUGAACUAUAGUCUUUAAGUAUAAAGUUACGGUAUUAAGCCAGAAUUAGAAAAGCAACAUAAAAGAGAGAGAGAGAGGAUGGAGAGAAACGGAAGUAAAGAAAAGAAGAAGCAGCGCAACUUAUCCACAAAACCAGUAAACGAAACAAAAACAACCCCUGUAAGAGGAUAAGGGAAUAAGAAAGACACAGAGAGAAAGAGAGGAAACUACAAAAAUCAAACAACAGCAAACACACUCGCGGUACGCGACGCGAGAAUAAUGAUAAGUUAAAUACAAAAGAAAAACAUAUGCAACAAACAAACAAACAAAAAAUCGAACAAGUAAAGGUAAUUCGAAAAUCAUCCACGUCCAUUCUCUAUCGCUAAAUACACAACUUAAGAAAGGUAAGGCGUUCCGUGUCCCCGGAAUGGAACGCGAUGAUGUGAAAAAUUUUGCUCAUAUAAACCAUACACACACAAAAAAAAACGACGUAACACAAACGGUAGGAAUGGGUGAUGGGAAAGAUGGGAAGGUGCGAGUAGUGAAACUCUUGCCCUAGCAAAAACAAAAAAAAAACACACACACACAAAACCCACAAUUCAAUGGAGCUCAUUCGUGACUGAUAAAACAAA